AUGAAGCCGCAGCAACGUGGUGGUGGUGGCGGGAAGCAGCCACCGCGGUGGAAGAAGAACAAGACGCACGGCAGUGGCGGUGGAGAUGGUCAAGAUAAGAAGGACAACGGAAAGAAGAAGCAGGGUCUGAACAACAAGAGAAGAAAGAAGCCGCACAAGGCAGCUGCUGCUGCUGGCAGUCGUGGCGGCGUUCCUCUGGAUGGCAUGUCCAACUUCGAGCGCCUCAUGCAGCAGAUGAAGGAUGAAAAGAAGACAAAGGGUACGACAAAGUCAGGCAAGGACAGCAAGAAAGCGAAAACAGCAGCCAAGACCCGAUCAAAGCCCAGCAAUACAGGUGCAGCACACCCAAAGCAGCAACUGAAGCCGACCGCGUCUGCAGCAAAGAAAACAGCUUCAGUCAAAAGCAAGAGCACCGUGCCUUCUGCACCUUCUUCCACAACGCCAACCAGUGAUCAGGCACCUGUCCAUCGUAAGGCCGGCAGCGCGUACGAAAACGCAAUCCUUGCAAGGGUGCUGGCCAAGGUGAACGACACAAAGUCUGCAAAGUGGUUUGAGGACGAGGACAAAGACGACAAGGACAGGACACCGGUGGAUAUUGAGAACGGGGAAGGCGCCAACUGGUGCGCUGCCGUUGUCGAUGCAAAGCGUCACAGCACGCAGGCACACACGGGCAGAAGCGGAGAGCUGGCACACAAGCGUGUGAAGCAAGAGCGCGGCGUCAUGGUGUCUGCGAUGACAACGACAACAACAACCACAUCCACCUCGUCAUCCUCCAACCGCACUGUGUCGGACGUCAACGGCAACAGCGUAAUCACAACAACCACCACCGCAUCAGCAUCAACAACGAUGACGACCAGCGCAAUGGUUGGCCUCACUGGCGGCGCCAAGCCCUCAAAGCUGCUGGCGAUUGACUGCGAGAUGGUUGGUGUUGGCAAGAAGGGUCUGCGGAGUGUUCUGGCGCGCUGCAGCAUCGUCAACAGUCGCGGUGACGUCGUCGUCGACACAUUCGUGAAACCAACGGAGAAAGUGGUCGACUACAGAACACACGUGAGCGGCGUUCGCCCGCGUCAUCUCACAGACGCGCCGGCGUUUGAGGAUGUGCGGGAACACGUGAGCGAGCUCGUCAAGGGCAAAAUCCUCGUUGGUCACGCCAUCAAGAAUGAUUUGAAGGUGCUCAAGCUGUCGCACCCACGUCAUCUCCUCAGAGAUACCUCCAUCUACAAACCCUUCAAAGCACACGCCGGUGGAAAGCGCCCAGCACUGCGACGACUCGCCCAGUCCAUCCUCGGCAUCACGCUGCAGGACGGCGAACACGACUCUGUGGAGGAUGCGCGCGCUGCCCUGCGGCUGUACAUGCACGUGAAGAGCGAGUGGGAGUCACGCGAGUCGUUCAAGUCCCGCGACCCGAUUGCCCCGGCUCUCCCCGUUGGCGUCGACGCAGACCGUAGCAACAGUGCAACAGCAACAGCAGCACCAGCACACGCUGCCAUUGGUGGCGGUGGCGGUGGUGGCGAUGAUGAUGAGGGACAGUCGGUGCUGAUGUCUGCGAUGGAGGAGCUGUAUCCGAACAUUGAGACGGCUGGCGUUGGUGCAAGACCAAACAGCACCAACAAUGGUUACAGUAGUGGUUACAACAGGGCGGCGAUGUCGGCCUCAGCAGCUGCAGCCGCUGCAGACAAGUUGUUGAUGGGUGCAGGGAAGCCCAAGGCGCCUGAGAAGAAGAGAUAUCGCAACAAGCAUCAGCAAUGGCGCUACAUGCAGAAGCGCAAGAAACGCGGCCUGGCCUGA